GCGCGCCCGCCCGUCCGCCCGCUAUAAAAGCGCAUCUCCUCCUCCGCGCGCACGACAAACACCUAGGAGCGGCUGACACACGCGCGCGCACGCGGGAUGCGCGACGUCUGAACGCAACAGCAACAGCAGCAGCAGCAGCAGACGAAGCAUCCGCGCCAUCGUCGUCUGUCAUGACACGGUCGGAGCAGAAUUUCGGGGAGUCGGAGGUUCGGCGGCAACAGCAGGAACAAGAGGAGGCCCGCAGUCCCGCCGGAGCGGCGACCGAGGAAGAGGAGGACGAACGCUGCCUCGCGGAUGAGGACGAGGACGAGGAGGAAGAGCGGGACGGGGAGGAAGACGAGGAGGACGGACAGGACAAACCCAAAAGGCGAGGACCCAAGAAGAAGAAGAUGACCAAGGCGCGCAUGCAGAGGUUCAAAGUUCGUCGCAUGAAGGCUAACGCUCGAGAGCGCAACCGCAUGCACGGCUUGAACGACGCCCUUGAGAGUCUGCGCAAGGUGGUCCCCUGCUACUCCAAAACCCAAAAACUGUCCAAAAUCGAGACCCUGCGUCUGGCCAAGAACUACAUCUGGACCCUGAGCGAAAUCCUGCGAUCCGGGAAGGCGCCGGACCUGGUCGCCUUCGUGCAGGCCCUCUGCAAAGGUUUGUCGCAGCCGACCACCAACUUGGUGGCGGGCUGCCUCCAGCUCAACCCUCGCACCUUCCUGCCCGAGCAGUCGCCCGAGCUGCCGGCCCACCUGCACCCCCCGGGCGGCGCCCACUACGCCGGCCACUUCUCCUACGCGGGGCCGGGCCUGACGCCGGGCCUGCCCAGCCCGCCGUACGGCAGCGCCGACCCCUCGCACGUCUUCCACCGGGCCAAGGGCCCGGCGUACGGCGCCCCGGAAGCCUACUUCGACGGCGUCCUGGUGUCGGACGGCCCCCCCUUCGAUCCGCCCCUCAGCCCGCCCCUCAGCAUCAACGGCAACUUCUCGUCCUACAAGCACGAGGCGGCGGCCGACUACGACAAGAGCUACUCCUUCGGCGCGCGCUACGGCCACCCGGCCCACGUCUACCCGCAGGCGGACGACCUGAUGGGCUUCGACGGACACUCGCAUCACGAGCGGCUGAUGAACGCGCAGCUCGGCGCCAUUUUCCACGAGUCCUGAGCGGCCGUUCGGUUUCCCGCUCCGGACGCAAUAAGAAAAACUAUGCAAUCUGAUCCCGAAAACAAAAAAAAUCUAUUUUUGAGCAUCCUUUUUGUCGACCUUUUCAACUUUUUCUCUUUGUGUGGCAUGUCCUCACUUUCUACAUGUUUGUAAAUACUUUUAUUAAAGAGGACCUGCGAAAAACA